AUGAAGCCGCUUCUCUUUUUUGUGGUUCUAGCCUCCCUCCUCAGCCUUGUCCUUGCAUGGGACAAGCUGGACCAUGAGAUUUUCGAGCUCUACGACGACAUCAAGCAGCACGAGUCAACCACAGACUGGUACGACUUCCUCGCAAUCAAGCCCAAAGCCACAGUCGACGAAAUCAACAAAGCCUACCGCCAACUAUCGAAAAAGUACCACCCGGACAAGCUCCAAAGGCUUCCAGCGUCCGCUGGCAAAGCGUCCAAGAAGCGGUUCCAGCGCAUCGGGCUCGUCGUCAACAUUCUGCGCGAUGCGGAGUCGCGUAAGCGGUAUAAUUUCUUUCGCAAGAACGGCGUGCCAAUGUGGCGUGGUACCGGGUAUCUGUACAGCCGGUGGAGGCCUGGGUUUGGCACAGUGGUUGUAGGGCUUUUGAUGUUUGUGUCUGGGAUGCAGUUUUUGUUUCAGUGGUUGUCGUUCUGGCGCGCGCAGCAGAGGAUUGAGGAGAUUGAAGAGGAGAGCAAG